CUCUCUCUCUCUCUCUCACGCCAUUGAAGCAAUUUUAGAUUCAAGCAAUCUCAGAUUUUGCCCCCCCCCCCAAAAACCCUAAAAUCCCAUGCGAUAUCCUCAAUCGAAAUCCCACACUGAUACAAAACCAAAACGACGUCGCUUCUUCCUCAUUUCCGUUCUCUGCAAAUUCACCACCGGAGGGAUUUUGUAGAGAUAGAAAUGCCGAGCGUAGCUGUGAAGCUCUACAGCGUCUUCUUCAAGUUCCUCUUGAAGCACCGUCUCCAGAACCGGAUCCAAACCCGACCCGACGAGUUCGACCCCUUCGGCGUCACCUCCCGACCCGAAGAAACCAUCGCCGCCGCCAAUCCCUUAUUCGACGACGGCGUCGCCACCAAGGACAUCCACAUCGAUCCUUUUACUUCUCUAUCUAUUCGAAUCUUCCUCCCCGAGUCCGCUCUCAACCCGCCGGAGCCCUCCGGUAAAUCUAGGGCUAGACGGCCCGAUCUCAAUUCUCCGGCCGAUUCCGCCCGGCCGAGUCCGAACGGCUCGCCGUUCCAUCCUUCCCGCCGCAGCAGCUACGGCAACGCGGCGGUGGCGAAUACGUUGAGGGCGGAGCCCAGGAGGAACAGCUACGGCUUCAGCAACGACGUCGAGGGGUUGAAUUUGAUGGCCGGAGUCGGCUCCGGAGUGUACAGAGGGUACUCGCCGGCGAAUUCGGCCAAGAAGAGUCGGAAAUUGCCGGUGAUUUUGCAGUUUCACGGCGGUGGUUGGGUCAGUGGGAGCAAUGACUCGGUGGCCAACGACUGUUUCUGUCGCCGGAUUGCGAAAUUGUGCGACGUCAUCGUUUUGGCCGUCGGGUACAGGCUUGCGCCGGAGAAUAAGUACCCGGCGGCGUUUGAAGACGGUUUGAAGGUGUUGAAUUGGUUGGGGAAGCAGGCCAAUUUGGCCAAUUUGUCCAUGGGCGGCGCCACCGAGUUGAAGAAGACUGAUAAUCGGCAUAUUGUGGACACUUUCGGGGCGUCAAUGGUUGAGCCGUGGUUGGCUGCCCAUGGAGAUCCAUCAAGAUGUGUUCUCCUUGGGGUGAGCUGUGGUGCAAACAUUGCAGACUAUGUGGCUCGGAAAGCUGUAGAGGCAGGCAAGCUUCUGGAGCCUGUAAAGGUGGUUGCACAGGUCCUUAUGUAUCCGUUCUUCGUUGGCAGUGUUCCCACACAUUCUGAAAUAAAAUUGGCAAAUUCGUAUUUCUAUGACAAGGCAAUGUGCAUGCUAGCUUGGAAAUUAUUCUUACCCGAGGAAGAGUUUAGCUUGGACCAUCCAGCUGCCAAUCCUCUCAUUCCAGACAGGCAACCGCCUUUAAAGCUCAUGCCUCCAACCCUUACAGUGGUGGCAGAACAUGAUUGGAUGAGAGACCGUGCCAUUGCUUACUCAGAGGAGCUUCGGAAGGUAAAUGUUGAUGCACCCGUAAUGGAGUAUAAAGAUGCAGUUCAUGAAUUUGCAACCCUUGAUAUGCUUCUCAAGACCCCUCAGGCACAGGCCUGUGCAGAGGACAUUGCCAUCUGGGUAAAGAAAUACAUCUCACUUCGAGGUCACGAGUUCUCAUAUUAAUUAGGAGACAAAACCGUGAUAUUGCUCCACAACACAAUCAUCUGCCUGUGGAUUCUGUUAGAAGCUAAGCAGAGAGAAAAGCGGCCUGCUGCCGUUACCUGGAACUUAUACUGCUAAAUCAUUCAGGUGGCCUCUGCCUCGGUAGCCCUCGGGAUGCGAUUCAGUAAUUACACAAUGUGACCUUGUGAUGCUCUGUGUUUUUGUAAGAUAGAUAAGUUGGCUGAGAGUAGGAUUUAGAUGAGCCUGUGAGAUGUAUCUCAUUUUCUGGUGAGGAGCCACACCGCGUUCGGACAUUCUUGUGACAUUUUUUCCUGUGAAUUAUGAUACAUUUUCUUAUGAAUAGAGUUGAAUUAAAUUAAAUGAUC